UUUCUUUUUUUCGGAGCUGAAGCGCUUUCUGGAGCAACUGCAGAAUGGUGGGCCUGAAGCCCACGGACAUUCCCCCGUCUGCAGCCACCAAAUUUCUCAGCGCUGGGACAGCUGCCUGCAUUGCCGAUCUCUGCACCUUCCCCUUGGACACGGCCAAAGUCAGGCUCCAGAUUCAAGGAGAAUCGAAAGCUUCCAAGGCAGCCAAGAACGUCAAAUACAAAGGGGUCUUUGGCACGAUCGCCACCAUCGUGAAGAUGGAAGGAUCCAGGAGCCUUUACAACGGCUUGAUCGCAGGGCUCCAGCGUCAGAUGAGUUUUGCCUCCAUCCGCAUCGGCCUGUAUGACUCGGUGAAAGCCUUCUACACUCCCAAGGGGUCGGAAAAUCCUGGCAUCUUCACCCGCCUCCUGGCGGGCUGCACCACGGGAGCUAUGGCGGUCGCCUGUGCCCAACCGACCGACGUGGUGAAAGUCCGCUUCCAAGCCCACAUCACCGUGUUAGGCGGGCCCAAGAAGUACAACGGGACGGUGGACGCGUACCGGACCAUCGCCAGAGAGGAAGGGGUCAGAGGCCUCUGGAAAGGGACCCUCCCCAACAUCACUCGAAAUGCCAUCGUGAACUGUGGGGAGAUGGUGACCUACGACCUCAUCAAGGAAACGCUCCUUGAAUAUCAGCUGAUGACCGACAAUUUCCCGUGCCAUUUCGUGGCUGCUUUUGGAGCCGGCUUCUGUGCCACCGUGGUGGCGUCGCCCGUGGACGUGGUCAAAACAAGAUACAUGAACUCCAGGCAGGGCCAGUACAAGAACGCCCUCCCCUUCUCUCAACCCCGGG